AAAUUUUCAGAAAUCCCACCCAAAAGGAAAACGUAGGCGGCAAACUUCACAACAAUCCAAAAUUCCAAUAAAUUGUUGCAGUAAAAGGAAAUAUUACAGAUCUGACUAGUCUCUUUAUCUUCUUCUCAACUCUCUCUCUCUCUCUCUCUCUCUCUGCUUAGACCGAAAGUUCGAAGAUUUGAAGAUGGCGGGGAAAGGAGGCAAAGGACUGCUAGCAGGAAAGACAACAGCGGCGGCAGCAGCUGCAGCAGCCAACAAAGAGAAAGACAAGAAAAGGCCUGUUUCUCGUUCAUCACGUGCUGGUCUCCAGUUUCCAGUGGGUAGAAUUCACCGACAACUCAAGUCAAGAACCUCAGCCCAUGGAAGGGUAGGAGCGACGGCAGCUGUUUACUCUGCUGCAAUUCUGGAAUACCUGACAGCAGAGGUUCUUGAAUUGGCUGGUAAUGCAAGCAAGGAUCUCAAAGUGAAGAGGAUCACACCAAGGCACUUGCAGCUUGCCAUUCGUGGAGAUGAGGAACUCGACACGCUUAUUAAAGGGACCAUUGCUGGUGGUGGUGUUAUCCCUCACAUUCACAAAUCACUCAUAAACAAGACCACCAAGGAGUGAAAUGUUCCCGCUUUUAAAUUUGUUGUCUAUUGACUUAAUGACAGUUUGUGUUAGUGUCUUUUGUUCUGUUCUCUGGUUUGAUAUUAGUAGUCUUGUGUAAUUCAAUUUAGGAACAUUUUGAGCUUCUCAGUGUCAUGUUUGAUCAAGUAAACUUGUAGGAUGUAGAGGACACUGGAAAUGUUAAUUUGACAUUUAUAUCAUCUUGUUGUUUGUUGGUAUGUAUGUCGUUGGCCUGUUGUAAA